UGCGGUUAAUUGUAGUUCUACGCGGCUUCGCGUUCGUCAGUCGCGUGCUAUCGAUGCUCGAUCGCGAAUCGAUCUUUGGCAGAUUGUAACCGAGUCUGUAGCAACACGUUGCGAACGUCGAACAUCGAACGUCGAGGAUGCUUGCUCUCGCCAGCACGAAGAAAUGCCUAUAUUUGUUGCUGAUCGUCGUUACGUUGAAUCGAACGGUUAACAGCCAAUUUGAUCCACCGAUUCCUUGUCAAAGUUUACAAAACUGUACCGAUGUUUCGAAUACCCUGAAAGCCGUAUCGUGUCAAAAUGGAUUUUGCACGUGCAAGUACGAUGGAGAAAUUAGAAACUGUUCCAGCAUGAACAUCUUACAUCACAAUAGCGAUAAAAGCACAGGAAUCUCAAUUUUUCGGAAUUGCAAGGUGAAUCAGGAUUGCAGGGCUAACAACACCAUUUGCAACACGACGGUGGGACACUGCGCCUGUCAAGAACAUUACAUUUUGUCAAGUAACAAGAGAGCGUGUCUUAAAAAAGCCGAAGCGUUGGAUUUCCCGUGCGUGGAAGACAAGCAAUGUUUGGGAUUUCUAUCCAACACCACGUGUCAAAAUGGCCAGUGUAGCUGCAUGCCCGGAUACCAUCACACGCGAAACGCUUGUUACAGAAUGAUCGGUAUCGGAGAGCGGUGUAGCCAAUCGGAGGAAUGCGCUCACGUGCACGGUGCUAUUUGCACCGACGAAGGCGUUUGCGAUUGCGCGGAGAAAACCGUGAUCAAUGGGGAAAGAAAAGAAUGUUUAUCGGUCGCGUCCGAAAUUCUGGACAGCUGCGUGGAAGAUAUACAGUGCACCAUGAGCUUUCCGAACGCGUUAUGCAUCGAUCGCACGUGCCAGUGCCAUAAUCGGUACCACUUUGAACCCGAGAUGAGACGAUGUUUCAUCGACAAAAGUUUCGGUGAAAAUUGCGGAAACAAGUACGAGUGUUAUCAAGUGGAAAAGGAAAACGUGACAGAGAAAGCACUGGCGUGCGAAGAGAAUAUCUGCGUAUGCGCCGAAAAUUACGCCAGAGAAGAGGACAGAUGCGUAAACGAAGGUAAAGGAGAAGAAAACGAGCGUGUUUCGAGAGGACUCGCGUCUUUUUCAUUAUCGUCGUAUUUUCCAGGUUCGCGUUUUCCUGUACCCGUGCUACUCGUUAUCCUCGCGACGAUCGCCUGUGUCGCGUUUUCUAGGCAAAAUUAACCACGCCUGAAAGCGACGCAACAAUUUAGGAAACGUUGCUGGCAAACGUUCAUCUCGAUCAACGAACAACGUAUGUACGAGCAGUUUUAGCCUGCGGUCUCCUCGAUGAUACGGCUGAAACACGACGCGAGAUUCAGCGCGGAAAGCGAAAAAAGUAGCAGAAGAGUGUGGCGUCGGAUGUCGCCGCGACUGCACAGGGUUACGCGUCGACUGCAUCGAGAGAAUAGGCCGGGUGUACCGAACCGUUUAAAGACUUCCUGCGGCGUGCAUGCAAUUAACGCGUUCAAAGCGCGCUAUUGCGACUCGCUCCCGCAGCGAGCUUCUAUCUUACCAACCGUUCCAAUGCCAAAGAAACGGACAUGUUCGAUAACAGCUAAAGAAACUAAACGAUCAUCCUAUAUCCCGCCGUUUGCACCGCGAAUCCGUUCCAAUUCUACCUCCAUGAUCGCGCAAAGGUACCCGAGAGUUGACGUUAACAUCGAUCCGAGAACGGUUCGCGAUGCGAGAUGCAAAAUAUUCUACGAUAAUCCUACGCAAAGUAUUACGAUCAUCGUGAUCCUUUAGAAUCUCAUAACGAUCUCACCUGACUUUUUUUUAUUUAUCAGAGUGUAUUAUUUCUUUUACAACAGACUUUC